CCGGUUAAUCUAAACCAGUACCCAGAAAAUCGGCCCCAAUCUUAGCACCCUUGCGCUUGACCCCGCGAUACAUGCCUAGAACCGUGCCGCAAUUCAUCACAAUUAGGCAAAGGCUGUUUGGACGGUACAAUCUACCCUUGGAAUUUUGACAGGCAAUGAAAAGGCGACGCUGGGCCUGGAAGGUUCCGAGGCUCACCCCAUGCGGCGCGGCGCAUGGUUGACGAGCGUGGAGUCUCUCAGAGUCGCGCGUUCGACACUUCUUCUCAAAAAUGCAGUUGUUACAGAUCACAUCGCGUACCACGGCCUAGAUUCGGAAUCAUCGGCGACAAACCUUCCGCGACACGACGAUGGAGCAGAAAGCGUCCACGCCUAUCUCCGGCGACAUCGAAGCUUCACACGAGCCGGGCGCACCAAUCUUACGGUCCAGCUCUGAUCAGAUCAAGGAGCCUAUUCGAAGUUCGCAAGAUGCAUCAGAUUUUCAAGACGGCGAGAAUCAUGUCAUCUACAUCGUUGGGGUUCGCUUUUGGCUUAUAAUCGCGUCGCUAGCUAUGUCGCUCUUUCUUACGAAUCUGGAGAUUCCCAUCGUCACGACAUCCUUAGUAGCCAUCACCAACGACUUCGGUCGAUUUGAUAACGUGGGUUGGAUCAUCUCCAGCUAUCUUCUGGGAUACGUUGGCGUACUCGUAAUAUUCGCAAAACUAAGCGACAUAUUCGGACGAAAGCUCAUGCUGAGCUUGUCAAUAUCGAUUUUUAUUCUGUUCUCCGCGGGCUGUGGUGCAUCGCAGAGCUUGACACAGCUCAUCAUCCUUCGCGCUUUUCAGGGUGUUGGAGGUGCGGGUUGCUUCGCACUGGCUUCCGUGAUGCUGACCGAGCUGGUUCCACCGGAGAAAUUAGCCCAGUAUGUCGCCAAUCUCAGCACGGUGUAUGCCAUUUCGCUACUCUGCGGCCCUAUUAUAGGAGGCGCUAUCAGCUCGAGGUCCACGUGGCGCUGGGUGUUCCUGUUGAACAUUCCGGCAGCUGCUCCAGCAUUAAUCUUCGCAAUCUUCGCCCUCCCAAAGAACUUUCCUCACCACGGACAGUUAGACCGUCCACGGCGUACAUUUAAGACACUUAUAGCAAAGGAAACCACGCAGAAGGUAGAUCUGAUGGGAGCGGGCCUCCUCCUUCUUGCCACACUUUCCAUGACGGCUGGAUUUGAAGAAGCGGACUCACAAUUUCCUUGGAAAUCCGCCUACGUGAUCUCUUUGCUGACAAUAUCGGGUAUCUUGUGGAUCUCUCUGGUGCUCUGGGAGAGAUACAUUACUAACCAUAGCAAGACCGUUGAGCCUGUUCUGCCGUGGAGGUUUAUGCAGGACCGCGCAAUGCUGAGCCUACUUCUAAACGCUGUAUUCCUCGGUGGCCCAUGGUUCGUCGCCAUAUUUCAGCUACCGCAGAAGUUUCAGCUGGUCCACGGCUCCUCUGGGUUGAGAGCAGGAAUUCAAACGAUGCCCUUUACCUUUGCCGCUCCGAUUGGAUCAGCGUUCUCGUCCAUGAUGGCCAGCAAACUCAAAAUACCGGCCAUAUUCAUCGUUCUCGUCAGCGGAGUUCUGCAAACAAUUGGUUUUGCUCUUCUAGCUUCUCUCCCAGAGUCUUCCCAUAUUCCGCCACGCACAUAUGGCUACCAAGUCAUCGCCGGAUUUGGUUGCGGGAUCAAUAUCUCCACUCUCUUGCUGAUUGUGCCGUUUGUAGUUGAAUAUCGCGAUAAAGCCGUUGGGAUGGCAGCCGUCUCACAAUUACGUGUUAUGGGAGGAGCGAUCGUGCUCGCUAUUGCAACGUCUGUCUUCAACAGCUACACGAGGCCCAAACUUGCGCAAUUCCUUGAAUCCGGCCACCUUGCCGGCGAGUCCAUUCCAUCGGUGCAGUCGCUAGCUCAGUUCAGCGUUCAAGAUCAGGAAAGCAUCAAAGGUAUUUUGGCACAUGGGUACAAUCUUCAAAUGUGGGUCCUCUGUGCUUUUGCGAUUGCGCAGAUUCCAUCAGCACUACUUCUCUGGAGGAAGAAACAGAUCAUGGUUUAACUAGAACCGCUCUUGGUUCAAAGUACAGGCCAUGCUUAGAUUCGUGUAUCUAUUGAGGUAUAAGUUGGGCAAUGUCCCG